CCAAUUUAAUUAAUAUACAUCCUACAGGAUGGCACCAAUUCACAAUUCCUCCCAAAGAAGCAACACGCUGUGACGAAACGUGAUGUGUUAAUAACGCAAGAACUAACCUCUCUUAUCUCCCCGAGACUAAAAUCCAUCGAUAACAAGUCGCUUCUUCUCAUCGACGGUGAAGGAUUCUUUCUGUUUCAUGAUUCAACCAUAUGCCGGGUCCCCUAUUCUCCAUAAACAACAACCGCAAGUCUUCGAAGUCGUCAUCCCAGAACUUCUGAUUGCCACUAAGAAAUCCGACGUAAUUCCAGUACGUGCAAGAGAAAUAGCUUCGGUCACAGCCAAUGAAAUGGUACCGAAUACAAAUUACCUGAAAAAUGUGAGAAUGGCGGAUAUUUACUGAAGGAGGAAGAGGAAGAAAAGAAGGUUGUUGGUGGCACAGUAUUAAGAGCUUUGUGCAUGGGAGAAGAAACCAACAACAGAUUUUCCAUACAUGAUAUUCUGGGACAUUCUAACAUGCAAAGCAUCCAAAGUUCGCAGAGACACUCGUGCUAUCUACUCAGUAGAAGGCUCACUCACAAUAACCAUUGGAGGAGAAGAAUCCGAAGCACCGAAAGAGAAACCAUCUUGGUUCCCGCGGGCACAGAGCUUAGAGUUGAGCUGAAGAUAUUGUAUGCAACGGCGUUUGUUUUUGCCAAUGGAGGAAGGCGUAGUGAAAGUUGCGGGCGGGUUAGGAAGCGUAUAUAUGUGGGAGUGUAGCGGUACCGGACGACGCGAAAGUCACGAUGAGGGAGACUUGGAAAGAAUUGAAGGCAAAGUCGGGAGGUUUGAGUUUAUAAUGUAAGAUUAUGGUGAGAGCUCAAUAGCCGGUAUACAUAUAUAACGAUGUCGUUGCGAUGGAGAUUAAAAA